AUAAGCCUUUUUCAGUGUAAAAUGAGCCACUUUAACUUAAUGAUUUUUCCCCUGUGUGAUUGUUUUUUACAUUUUUAUACUGAAGCGAAGGGAAAAAAGUAAGCACAAGUCUAGAGCUAUGUAAAGCUAAACAUGUAUGGUGGUUCUCUUUAAGCAGUGAAAUUACAAUGGUUUUUUUUCUUUUCUGUGCCUUUUUCUAAAAUGCUAACCUAUGUAUUGCUUCUCUGAGGAGAUGUUUACAUAUUUCAGCAAAGUGGCUAAGACCGGAGACUGCUCGGUGCCCUCAUUUUCUCUGAGCCAUGUGUUUGCCGCACAUUUAGAUGCCUCAGAAGCAUCAUGACUACCUCUGGCUCCGCUACUUUUCCUGUUUCCUGAUACAGAUUGAAUACCAGGUAAUCAAUUAACUAAUUGUAGAAACCAUAUUUCGGAGUUUAAGGAAAGUAUACUACGCUUAAAAAACAAAACAGAAAGAAAUCGCCAAGAGUUGCUUAAUGCCUUCAAGGAAAUGAAGCUUGACAUUUCAGAGAAAGAACAUGAUGCAAAAAAUGCAGUUGAGAAGAAAGUGAAUGCCUCAGAUACGAAUGAAACAGUGUCUGAUGCAUUUGAAGUCUUAAAAUUCUUUUUCCCUCAUCUAAGGAAAGUAGACAGAAUUUAUCCUAAUGUAAUCAUGGGCAGAGAGAAAACAGGCGUUACCUUUGCCCUGGGUAUUCCCACUGUCAACAGAGGAAAUUAUAGUUACCUGAAGCAAACACUGACCUCUCUCCUCUCCAGGAUGACUCUUCCAGAAGAGAAGGACUCUGUGGUGAUCGUCUCUAUCGCCGAUAGUAACGAAAAUUAUGUAAAAUCCGUGGUUGACAUGAUUACAAAAAAAUUCAAAAGGCAGGUGACAUCUGGAUCCUUAGAAGUCAUUUCAAUACCUGCUUAUUUUUAUCCAAACAUAUCACAUGCCGCCGGAUCAACUGACGACUCAGAAAAAUUAGAGAGUUGGAGAAUCAAACAAGUAUUAGAUUUUUGUUUUUUGAUGCUGUAUGCCCAGCCCAAAGCUAUGUAUUAUUUACAGCUGGAAGAUGAUAUCAUAGCUAACAAGAUGUACCUUACAAAAAUCACAGAUUUUGUACAUACCAUCACUUCAAAUAAUUGGCUUUAUAUUGAGUUUUCAGUUCUUGGAUUUAUAGGAAAGCUAUUUAAAUCUGAAGAUUUAACUGACUUUGUACGUUUUUUUUUAAUGUUCUACAAGGAUAAACCCGUAGAUUUGCUCUUGGGGGACAUUUUUCUGGUAAAGAUGUGUACCCCAGGAGAAGCUCUUGAAAAAUGUAUAGAACGAAAUAAGCAUAUUCGUAUUCGAUAUAAACCUUCUCUUUUCCAGCAUGUGGGUAUACAGUCAUCAUACCCUGGAAGAGAACAAUAUUUCAAAGAUAUCUAUUAUUAGGAAUUUCAAAAUUUAACACCUUCUUUAAAAAUGAUCAGAAUCAUUCUUUGGAAAAAACAAGGAUUAUACUAUUUCUCAACUUUCUUCAUAGUGGGUAAGAGAUUACAUCAUAUUAAAGAAAGUUAAACCAUCAAUAAAAAGGUGGAAAUAUGAAAAAAUGAAGCACAACAAGACGAAGCUCUGUACUACUUUAAUCUUAGGUCACCGUGAUUUCCAAUGACAUCUUUCAGAAAUUUUAAUAUUCAAAACAAAUGAUUAUAUAAAAGAGGAAGGAAUAAUGAACAAACUAGUAAUUUGAAAGUAUUUAACUGCCUCUAUGUCAAUUUUUUGCAAUAUGCAAAUACAAUAUGCAAACAAAAAUUUGCAUAUUUGUUUAUGAUACUUGUACCCUUACUAUUACAAUUUUUUAUAAAAAUAAGUAAAGACAGGGAGGUUUUUAAAAAUAAAUAUAUUUUGUUGAAUUAGAUAGUUAAGUAGCUAUCUAAAAAGCUAAACAUUUUAGCUAAGUAGCUAAAAUUUCAGAAACUUGGUAUUAUCCGGGACAGGUUCUGUGUGAACCGGUGCGUGCUGCUAUCUGUUUUGUUAAGACACCUAAAAUAGCAGAAGGCUGAGCAGCUGUGAGGCUGGCAGUGCCCAAUAUCUUCUUGUCUUUUUAACAAAUGCGUUUAAAACCCUAAAACUUCCAAGUGCCAUUUGAGCUGAUUAACAAACAUCUUGCUGUAUAUGUAUUCUGAUAGUCAUUCAGUUCUAAAGAUUUCAUAUUUUCUCUUAUUAUUGCAUUCUCAACUCUUGGGUUAUUUGGGAGUGUUUUUUUAAUAUCUUGGUUUUGCCAUCUUUUACUGUUGAUUUAUAAUUUAAUUACCUUGUUGUUAGAGACUUCGUGUGAUAAACUUUGAGAGUUAUGAAUUCUUAUAUUUCAUAUGAAUUAGAGAAGAAUGUAUAGUCUUUACAUACUCCCUUUAAAAUAUGCAUCACUCAUUUGCAUUUUUAUUGAGGUAUAGUUGAUUUCCUUUUUUCAUUUGUUUUUAUAAAUGUUAGUUUUGUGCUUUAUAAAUGUCUUCUUUAAAUAUUCCUAUUCAUUGGAUGCUGGUUUCUCUUAUAUCAAGCUUUUUAAUUUAUUUGUUAAAUGCUUUAAAAUCUUUAUUAAUUCAUCAGUUUCUUAUAGGAAUCUAUUAAAAUCUACUAUUUUUCCUCUUGUUA